AUGCAGAUUUCUAAGAAUAGCACUCUAAUAAAGUUGACUCCACUUUUUGAUGGUAAACUUCUUCGUGUCGGAGGUCGCUUAAAGUACUCUCUUCUCACUUAUAAUGAGAAGCACCCACUGAUUCUACCUCCUGAGUCUAUUCUCACAACUAUUAUCAUCCGCGACUGUCACCUUCGCUGUCUUCAUGGUGGUGUCCAACUUAUCCUUGGAACGUUACGACAAUCUUAUUGGAUUAUUCGAGGUCGCAAUUUGGUCCGAUUAUUGAUUCAUCGGUGCAUUCCAUACGUCAGAAAUAGAGGUAAUACUCAGCAACAGCUGAUGAGUGACCUCACUUCUAUUCGCAUUACUCCACCUGAACGAGCAUUCAUAAACACUGUGGUAGACUAUGCUGGUCCCAUCAAUGUUCGCACCUCAAAAGAACAAGGUCAUUAUUCGCACAAAGCCUGGAUUUGUAUUUUCGUCUGUUGUACCUCCCGCUCAGUUCAUCUCGAGUUGGUUUCUGAUUACACAACAGAAGCCUUCAUAGCUGCUUAUAUUUGCUUUGUUUCUUGUCUUGGUCUUUGUCGAACGUUGUGUAGUCACGAGGGUACGAAUUUUGUGGGAGCAGAUCGUCAACUACAGGUAAUGUUUUCUGAAGCAUCAGCAGAGUUUGCUUCGGUCGCUACAUACCUUGCUUCGCAUGGUAUUCAGUGGAAAUUCAACCCUCCUGCAGCACCUCACUUUGGAGUUUUAUGGGAAGCUGCAGUUAAGUCGACAAAAUUCCAUCUUCGUCGAGUCAUUGGAGACCAAUUGUUAAAUGGUGCCUUCUCCCACGUUCAUCUUAAGUGCAGUGAUUGUCAGCCUAUUUCGUCGUGGACGAAAGCGGGCGGAAUGUUUUGA